CAGAGGUGGACAGUCACAGUUAAAGACAGGAAAACAUAAGCGAGCGUGUAAGACUGACAGCGACGGUCUGAAUUAGGUCGUCGACACCUUAGCAGUUGUGGACAGUUAAAGGUCUCCGUUGGUUGUCUCCGUUGGAUAUUUCAUCUGUGAUGGAGUCCCUGUCGUUGCCUUGUCAUGGAGACCAGGACAAGCAUGUUUUAGAGGAAAAACUGGUACAUAAGGGGACCCGCCGCAGAAGGGAGUUCAUAUCUGAAGAUAAAAAGGAUGCCCACUACUGGGAGAAACGUCGCAAGAACAACGAGGCAGCCAAGCGGUCACGGGAGAAGAGAAGGCUGAGUGACUAUGUGCUGGAGACUCAUCUCUUGGCCUUGAAGGAAGAAAACAACAAGCUCAGUGCUGAAUUAAAGGCCAUCAAGCUCCACUUUGGCUUGAUUCACUCUUCAGCACACAACCAGCUGCAGCAUCAGGUCCACAGCAGCACCCCCCACCAGUCCCUGCCAUGGAGCUACAACUGGGGUGGCAGAGACGUUUCACUUAUAUCAGGCCACCGACCUUCUCAACCUCUGUUUAUUCCUGCAUACGCCCCACAUACCAUGAGAGGCUACCCAUACGUUAACACGUAUAGUAGUCCAAGCUCAGGCCUCAUCUCUCCCCUUGUUCUGCCUCGACAUCUCCUGCCCUCCGAUUCAUCCCGCGCAGCAGCUUCUCUGCCGAGGCCCAUUCCUACAAAAGCUGUCUCAGAUGAGGAGGAGGAGCAGCAGGUCCCGGGUGUGCUGCCUCUGCUAGGCUCAGCUCCACUUCGCAAAAUCACCAGCAAAGCGAGCACAAACUACUCCCCACAGUGUAUACUGGACUGACCAAUGGUUGUGAGAUUGAUGGAGUGAGAUUGUUCAUUUCUCUAUAUGUUCUGUUAAGCGUAAUCUUGCCGAUACCAAAACUUUAAGAGCUUUUUUUUUUUUAUGUUAAUUGAUGGUGCACACUGCAUUUAAAACAAGAACUGUACAUAGAAAGGCACAUAUUUAAAGGUCCAGUGUGUAAGAAUUAGUGACAUCUAAUGGUGCAACUGCACAUUGCAACAAACUUGCCAGGGAGCUACAGUGACUUUCACAUACCAGAGAAGACGAUGUUCUUCCACAUGUUUUGUAAGACCAGCUCUGGCUGGACUGGUCCGUGCCUAAAGUACACAUAAAAGCCUUAAGGCUAUACAAACCAAAAGGAUUUUUAUUUUAAAGCAGUGAUACACUUUUACAAAUCAUUUCUGACAAUAAAUCCAUCUAAAUGUUACACACUGAACUUCACCUGAGAUUGGAUCUGUAUUUCAUCACACAAAGUACACGUUUAAAUGCACUGAGGACGAGCUGAUAGUUCUGAUCACCAGCAGCAUGUAUGUAUUUUUUUUACAUGUAUGAACCUUAAUUAGACCCAAGUAUCAGUGUGUAUGUUAUACUCGCUGCUUGUUUUAAUGUCAUGGAAAUUGUAAUUUGUACAAGACUAGAGUAGAUGGACCCAGAGAGGAGUGUGUGCUUGUGUAAACCUUUAUAAAACUGAUGUUGGUUUUAAGUGUGUUAUUAUGAAUGACUUGACCUUCUAUGCUUUCAUAUCUCACUCUCACACUUGUGAUCAUUUGCAUGUAGUAAAACUU